AUGAACCUCAUUAUAACUUUACUCUCUCUCUCUCUCUCUCUCCUUCUCUUUCUCUCCCUCUCUGCACUAACUGGAAGCCCAUGCAAAGCUCUCAUCUCAGAUUUUAAGCCAGAGCUACCUAGCUUCCGCCGGCACAGUAGCUUCAGUUCCAAUUUUAACCUAAUGGCCACCUUUACCCUCCUUGUUGUGAUGUCUUACCUUGUUUGCAGUGCCAAUGCGCAGCUCUCAGCCAACUUUUACGCAACCACAUGCCGUAAUCUUCAAACCAUUGUGCGUAAUGCAACGCGGCAAGCUGUUAACAGCGAGCCCCGCAUGGGAGCUUCUCUCCUCCGCAUGUUCUUCCAUGACUGCUUUGUAAACGGUUGUGAUGGUUCGAUUCUGCUGGAUGACACGGCUACCCUUCCAGGUGAAAAGAAUGCACUCCCAAACAAGAACUCAGUGAGAGGUUAUGAAGUUAUUGACGACAUCAAAGCUCAGGUGGAGAAGGCUUGUCCUGCUACUGUAUCUUGUGCUGACAUACUAGCUCUUGCGGCCCGUGAUGGAGUUGUCGCCUUGGGCGGACCUUCAUGGACAGUGCAACUUGGCCGGAGAGAUGCAACAAUCGCCAAUUUGACUGGAGCUAAUACCGAUCUCCCCUCACCGUUCGCUGACGUCCCUACCCUAAUUUCCAUGUUUCAGGCCAAAGGCCUAAAUACUCGAGACAUGAUCGCACUCUCUGGAGCUCAUACGAUCGGCCUAGUUCGGUGCGUAUUGUUUCGAAACCGUAUAUACAAUGAAACCAACAUCGAUCCUAAUUUUGCAGCAAUUCGUAAAGCCUCAUGCCCAGCCAACCAGGGCAAUGGUGAUGACAACUUGGCUCCGCUUGAUGUCCAGACCUCGGCCCAACCAUUUGACAAUUUGUACUACCAAAACCUUCUACUUGGACGGGGGCUGCUGCACUCAGAUCAAGUGCUCUUUAGCAAUGGAUCUAUCGCUAGUACUGGGCUGCAGGUUUUGGCUUACAGUGCUAGUAAUGUUGCUUUUUUUAGGGACUUUGGCGCUGCCAUGGUAAAGAUGAGCAAUAUUAGUCCGCUUAUAGGAACAAGUGGGGAGAUUAGAAGGAAUUGCAAGAUGGUUAAUUAA